GCCCUCUCGGAACUUGGCGGUGGCCGCGGCUUCAGUUUUGCGUGGUGCGUUUGAAGGAGAGCUUUUUUGCUGCUUUCUGCAAGUUGCUGCUUUUUCCUCCUUUUUUUUGGGCGCGCUCGCGUGUGUGUGUGUCGUCGUCUGGCGCGGUUCCUGUUUUUUCGGAGUUUUUUUUUCCUGUGGUGGGACGGGAGGCCAAAAAAGGAUACCACCCUGAAAGCAGAAGGAAUUCCGUGGGGGGUUUGCGUUGUGAUAAGAAGUAAUCGGAUUUCUGUAUGAAUAAAGGCAAAAGUUUGCAACACGGCAGAGAGUUGCGGUUGCUGGCUGGCCGAGUGAGCCCCGAUGAAAGUGCAAAUAGCGCCGGAAGUGGAUAAAUAUUUAUGAUAAAUGUAAAGUUGAGGAGCGCAAGAAACGGCAAUGAUCCCGUGCAACAACGGACGGCUCACCACCAUUAACAAACGACGCAAAACUAUGCACUGGAGCGGCGGCGACGGCGAUGGUGUUGGAGAACAAUAGAAUAUUCGAAGUGGAUUAGAAGUGAUAACCUAGAAUAGAGAGAGUGGUAGCGCAGUAGUAGUUUAUGCCAGUGCGAAAUAGUUUUGGUAUUGUGUAGAAACAAAUCGAGUGGUGUAAUUUGGGCUAGGAGAGCACGUUUUGUCUGAGAGCCGAAAGUGUCCCGAGAGUCACUCUCUGUUGUGCGAAAAAGUGUUUGCGAUUAAUCUAAUCAAGUUUGUCGUUAAAAUGUGGAAUCGUCUCUCGCCGACAAAUUCCAAUAAACUGUUGCUCGAACAUGCAUAGCGGAUCACUCUGGAGGGACCGGAACCCCCCUGGAUGCAAGGCCCCCUCAAGGUGGCGUUUCUGGGGGCCUCCGGCGUUGGACGGACCAGCAUACUGCAGCAAUUUUUCAAGCAUGACUUCCCGACGGCUCACGUCCGCACGACGCGCCGCUCGAUCUACCGCAGCUGUCUGGUGUGCGACACCUGCAUCCGGGAGCUGAUGGUGUUCGACGUGCCCCCGCAGAGGCGCUUCCCGGCGGACAAUCUGGCCGAGUGGAACAACGGCCACCCGCUCGGCCUCCGCACCGUGCACACCUACGUCCUGGUGUACGACAUGGGCAACCUCGACACGUUCCAGUACUGCCGCAGCAUGCGUGAUCAAAUCCUAGAAAGUUUUAGUCAUCGUGAUUUUAAAAUUAUGGUUGUGGGCAAUAAAGUCGAUCUGGUUUCCGAAACCAUUCCGCACACUCAGGAAUUAAAAGACAUCUCCACACUGGUUCGGAAGCACUGGCGUUGCGGUUACGUCGAGUGUUCUGCCAAGUACAACUACAAGAUCGGCGACAUCUUCAAGGAGCUGAUGGGCUACCCGGUGUGCGGGACGGCGCCCAAGCUCGAGUUCCCGCAGUCGAUUAGGUCAAAGAACAAGUGCACGAUUCUCUAGUAGUAGCUAUAGGCGCUCUCCGGGCUGGUGGCCACGGUGGUCCUGUGCUGGCCGGCCUGGCCCACCUGACUGCACCCCACACGUGGCCAUCCGAGAUGCCUCGGCAGAUGUCGCCCAGCAAAGGGUUCAAACUACUAAGAGUUGCUGCAAACAGAAAGACAGAUAAAGAAGUGAGUUACCGCGAGAGUGAGAUUGUAGCAGAUAAGCAUUAAAAAUACCCUGGAACGCGUUGAAGGUGGUUUUGAGAAAUGACGUUUUAAGAACCUAGGGCUGUUACGGUACUGUUGUUAGUUAUAAAAUGACCCCCUCGAAAUAACAAAAAGAAGCCCAAAUCCUCAUGUUGACUAUUGAUAUUGAGCAAAACACC